AUGGGGAUGGAUGAGGGUGAUGUCGCGACGUCGGACGAGUUUGACCUCGAGCGAGAGUUCGGUCUGGUGCGAUCAAAUGCGUGCUUGCGCCACGCAAAUGCCGCCUGGUCCUGGCGACCACCGGUCGGGGCUCGGUCGGGUUGGGCUGUCGUCAACAGCAAAAAAAGGAACGGAAGGGCAGCGCAGGACAAUAUGUUGAGAUGCGCAGCGGUCGACAAGAAAUCAAAGCCACGAAGGGUGAGCAAGGAGAGACGCGGGGGUGGUCGAAGAUCCUGGCGUGGACGAUGCGAAGAUGGAGUCGUUGAUGGAGACAGGAUUGAGGGUUUGGUUUUGGUUUGA